UUUACUCUAAUCAUCACACUCUUCCUUCUUAUCCAAACAAUUCUCUAGAUUACUCUCUCCUUCCCUCGGAUCCAUGGCAAGGUCUCUCUCCCAAACCCUGACCCUCACCCGCCACCUCUCCCCCAAAACGUCGUCGUCUUUUAUAACCCUCCGCGCCCAAUCCAACCUCCCCUUCCACUAUGACCAAUCCGAUCCCGCCGCCGCCGACUCCGUCGAUCCCCUCCUCCGCAAGCUCGAGGACGCCAUCCACCGCAUCAUCGUCCGCAAGUCCGCCCCCGAUUGGCUCCCCUUCGUCCCCGGCGCCUCCUACUGGGUCCCGCCGCCGCGGUCCAGAUCCCACGGCCUCGCCCAGCUCGUCGAGAAGCUCGCCAAUCCCUUGACCGAGGAGGAGUCCAUGUCCAUGACCACCGUUCGCGGCUGGCCUUCCUCCGCUUAUUUCAUUCAAGGUUCACCUCCACUGAUGGAGGUCUUUGUUGCGAAAUCUGAUAAUGGGGAGUCUGAUAAUGCGGAGCAAAGGUUGGAUACUGCUGAUCAUAAGUCGGAUAAUGCACCCAAUUCUGAGGAGGAGGAAGAAGGAUGAACCAUACGUUUCUGAAAAGUGGCAUCUGAGGCUAGUCUUGUAUAUUUCAUGUUGGAUGAAAGCUGUAUUGAUGAAAGGCAUUUUGUCAAGGUGAAGAGCUGUACAGAUGCAACCUGGUUAGUUGAGAUGGAGUAGCUUCUAUUCCAAAGUUCAAUACCCAAAAGGAGCCAUUGUAAUUAUUUCCUUUCGUAUGUAAAUAGAACAAAUCAAUAACUGUAUCAAGUGUACGUUAUUUGUACUGCGCCCGCCUCUGUAUUUUCUGUUUUUGGGUUUAUCAUCUACAUUCCAGGUUUUGAUGAUCAUGUAAAUAUCAAUGAUAAUGACAUCAAUCUUUUUCUUCA